AUACUCUCAUGGGCGAAUGGAAGGAGGAUGUGAUACAGUUAAUCUCCUGGUUGGACUGGAGCAUGUGGGUGAAGUGCCGACUGGCCUGUGGUUUCGAGGAGAUGUGCUACUAUUUGCCUACUUGGCCAUUUGGGUUUUUCCGGACUCCAGCGCACCACUUCAAGGCCAAUGGGACAGUGGUUCAUUAUGGCCAGACCCAAACAAAGGGGAAUGGAAGAGACCACAG